GAUUCCUGCCCUGUAGUUGUCUGAAGGAUCAAUAUUGAGCAUCAUUAGUGACCCUCAGCUUCCACCUGACUGUACACCACAGCAAAGUCUUUGGAAAUAUUUUUCAGUUAAAACAGUAAUGACUUUUUUUGGAAUGUAUUCCCAGUGGAGCCUGUUUUCUAUGUAGCCUGGAAGAAUACCUAACUAACAUUGGCAAUUCUUCAAAUACUUUAUAAAAAAAUCACUCUAUAUCAAAGAACUGAGUGACUGGGUUGUUGAAGGGGACCUUAAGAAUUGAGGAUAUCAAUUCACCUGGAAGAUUCAGCCACUGCUAUUCAGAGCUGCUGCUGAAAUACCAUGUCUAAGAACUCAGAGUUCAUCAAUCUCUCAUUUUUAUUAGAUCAUGAGAAGGAAAUGAUCUUAGGAGUUUUAAAGAGAGAUGAAUAUUUGAAGAAAGUGGAGGAAAAGAGAAUAAGGAAGCUGAAAAAUGAACUCUUAGAAGCAAAACAUAGAAGUGGGAAGAUUCAACAAGAGACCAGCAGAGUCUGUGUUUACUGUCAGAGAAACCUGGGCUUAAUAUUUGACCGGGGAAACCCAUGCCAGGCCUGCUCACUGAGGGUGUGCAGUGAGUGUCGGGUCUCAGACCUUGAUGGCAGCUGGAAGUGCACAGUCUGUGCCAAAGUCGCGCAGCUGAGGAUUAUAACUGGUGAAUGGUUUUUUGAAGAAAAGGCAAAACGUUUCAAGCAAGUCAAUGUUCUAGGCACUGAUGUUCUCCGGCAGUCCAUCUUAAGAAGAAAUCCAGGAGCUAAAGAAAUACAAAGCCAAGAGAAAAACCACCAGGAUGCAGAAAAGUCAAACGCUUCAACUUCUACAGGGCAGAAGGCCAGCCAUGAUGAGUCCAAGAAAAAAGGAAGAAGCACUGGUUCAUCAGAUCUUAAUGACAAGGAAGUUGGUCCUGGGACCCUGAGGAGCAGCCAGAGCAGUGGUAUGAUGCCAGUCACUCACAGGUCACCAGCCCCAAGCCCAUGCAGCAUGAUCCCAGUCAUCAGUAGAAAGGAACAUGGUUUUGAAAAUUCUUUGGAUUUGGCUGCCAUUGAAGGCACCUCAGAGGACUUCACAAAGAAUCAUUGCACAAACACUUCUGGCACACCUUCCAUAGCAGUGUCCAGGGCCUCCCUCUCCUCAGACCAGAGUCAAUCUGAGUUAGAUUUGAGUGGGUCAUUUAAAGAAGACUUAAAAGAUACUGUAAAUUUAAGAAGCAAGUAUGUCCCUGGGGCUUUAGACAAAGAUUUGGACUCCUCGGAAGAAACUGAAGAAAGUAUUGAUGAUGUAGUGUCCUCCAGGUUUUCUGCAAACACCUACAGCCUACCAAGUGGCCUGUCAAGAAAUUCUCAAGCCGGCCCUGACAAGAAAUGGACCUACCUAAAUGUGCCUGAUGUUGACUCAGACACUGCCAGCCUUAAUAGCAUGCUGAGUGUUUACAGUGAAACAGGAGACUAUGGCAACGUGAAGGUCAGUGGUGAAAUCCUUCUCCACAUCAGCUACUGCUACAAAACUGGAGAGCUCCAUAUUUUUGUCAAGAAUUGCAAAAAUCUGGCCAUAGGAGAUGAAAAGAAACAGAGGACAGAUGCUUAUGUCAAGUCAUACCUUCUUCCUGACAAGUCUAGAAAUAAUAAGCGCAAGACUAAAAUCAGAACUGGCAUCAAUCCGGAAUUCAAUGAAACACUAAAAUAUACUAUCAGCCAUACCCAACUGGAAACAAGAACACUGCAGCUCUCAGUCUGGCAUUAUGAUCGAUUUGGACAUAACAGCUUCCUUGGGGAGGUGGAGAUUCCUUUUGACUCAUGGAACUUUGAAAAUUCAAGUGAUGAGUGGUUUGUACUUCAACCCAAGAUGGAAUUAUCUACUGAUAUUGGCCUUCAAUACAAAGGAGAGCUGACAGUUGUUCUACGAUAUAUUCCCCCAGAUGAAUACCUGAUGUUCCCACCAGGACAACUUCAAGCUCACACAGGAAAGAAGACCUUUAAAAGGGGAAAGAAGAAACCACCUGUACUAUCUGGAGGAAUACUAGAAGUGCUCAUCAAAGAGGCAAAGAAUUUGACAGUGGUGAAGUCAGGAGGCACUUCAGAUAGCUUUGUGAAGGGCUACCUGCUCCCUGAUGAUAGAAAAGUCACCAAGCACAAAACUCUGGUAAUAAAAAGGAGUGUUAACCCUCAGUGGAAUCAUACUUUCAUGUUCUGUGGCCUGCAUCCCCAGGAUAUAAAGAAUGUUUGCCUAGAACUUACCAUCUGGGACAAGGAGGCCUUUUCUAGCAACAUCUUUCUGGGAGGAGUUCGUUUGAAUUCUGGAAGUGGUGUGAGCCAUGGGAAGACUGUGGAUUGGAUGGACUCACAGGGGGAAGAACAACACCUUUGGCAGAAGAUGGCCGACAAUCCUGGGACUCCUGUAGAGGGUAUACUCAUGCUUCGUUCCAGCAUGGGGAAGCGUCAGCUCUGAAGGUGGUGUGGAGUUGAUGGGCUGUGGGAGUUUCUCAGAAUGGCAGCAUUGGAGCGGACAUGGUGGCCUGCUACAGCCUGCCUCAGUUCCUGAUGAACAGCUUCAUGGGAGCAGGGGUCCUUGGAGAAAUCCACCUGGAAAGAGACAGGCAUCCUGGAUCUGCACUCUAGGCAUGUGGGCUUGUAUUCAUGUGGGCUUGUGUGCCUUUGGUGGGUGGCAGGCAUCUGGUGGGCAAAAAAGCCUCCAGCACCUGAUAUUCCCAGGCAGUCCCCCAUCCAAGUACUAACCAGGAAGGAACCUGCUUACCAGUAGCUUCAGAGAUCAGAGGAUACCAGGUAUUUUCAGGGUGGUAUGGCAGAAGACCCUGGAGGCAGUCUCCUGGAGUCCCAAGAGCCUGAGCCCUUAGCCCCCAUGCUAAGACAGUACUCCCCCCACCCCCACUCUCUCACUGAACCCUUUAGCUACCCCUUGCCCAACUUCUGAGCUUCCAAAGAGUGCAGGAGGGCACCUCCUUUGGGGGUGUGGUUCCCUGGAUAGUGCAAAAGGAUUGCCCAAGCCAUCUGGAUAGGACAGAGCCCCAGAGGGAUGGCAGAAGACCAGAGGCGGCACUAGCCUUCUGUCUGAGGCACUGGAUUCCCUUAGCAGGCCCCUCAGCACUUGGCCUCCAUGCUGAGCUCGUUCCAGCACCACUCCCUGCCCCCACUCUGGGACCAGAUCUCUAGCUGAGCCCUAUAGCUGCCCUCAACAACCUUCUGAGCUUCCAAAGGGUUGUGGACAAAAGGGGCUAACCUGACAAGCUCAGGGAAGGCCUGCAUGGCAGUCUUGCAAACUCUGAGACCUAAAGUAACCAGAAG